UGGAAACAAACGGUUACUCUCACUGUCUUGAUCUUGACACCAUCGUUGUUGCAUACAAAAUUCUUCUUCCAACGUUAAUGCGACCGAACCGGUGAAAUAUUGUAAUUCUGGUGAUUUCAUCCAUUCGUGAUAUCUGAAAAAAUAAUAGUGAAAUAAUUCAAUAAUCCAUAAUGAAAACAAAGAAUCCGACAAGUUUGAAUGUACAUUCUACCACGAGUAAGAGUGACAGACAAUUUAAAAAUGGCGGAAAUUGUUUUAGGGUAAAACAUUGUCAAUAAUCGACCAGUAGUUUAACGAUACCAGCCUUUUAACAUGUUUUUCCUUGUAAGGUACUAAAAUUACGUUCGUGCCAAUAAUUUUAAGAAAUUCGUUGUCUUUCAUAAUCGAAGAUUAGUUGAUAUCGAAGCUAUUGAGGGAAUGAAUCGACUGCAAUAUUCAAAAUUUAAGAGGUUACGUUCGUCGUUCUGCCAUAUUGGAUGCAAAGUUUGCACUACUGAUAUGAUCUAGGAUUCUUAACAAGUAAAUUCAUUUCUCUUAUUUUCUUGCCAUUUGUAAUUGUAACUCGAGGCGUAGUUGCCGAAGGGUAAAACAAUUCGGAAAAGAUGGCGUAUAAUUUUCCGGGUGUACCAACGGCUGCUAUGCCACCAAUGGGUAUGGGACCUAUGGGGCCGCUUGCUCCAAUCGCAGGACCACAAAGUUUUAUGGAAUUAGCUAGUCAAGGAUUUCCUCCACUACCACCACCAAUACCACUGCCUGGAAUGAACGAUUCACCUUUAGAAUUUAGCACAAAUAAAAAUCAACCUCCGCUAGCCAGAGAGUCUUCAGAUGACAAUAACGAUAAGAGAAGUGAAAAGAAUGAUAUUAGACGGGAAAGAGAGAAUAGAGAGGGUAGAGAUAAUCGAGAUAACAGAAGAUCUAGAAGCGAAAGAAGCGACAGAAGGGAGAGAGAUCGGGAAAGAAGAGAAGAAAGAAAUGAUAGGGAUAGAAGAGAGGAACGAAGACCAGAAGAACGAAGCGGUAUAAAAUCCUCGACGAGUAACAAUAGUAGUCAUAAUAAUAAUUCAAACGGUAAUGAACUUCCUCCAUCGUCGAAUACCAGCGGAACUUCGAAUAUAGGUGCUCAAAUGGAACAAGCUACGGGUGUUUGGGGAAUGGGUGUAGGAUAUCCUGUAAUGGGCAUGGGUCCUAUGGGACCAAUGGGACCUAUGAUGAGCGAAAUGACUCUAGGUCCGCACAUGGGACACACGCAUAGUUACGGUCCUAUGAGUAUGGGAAUGAUGUCGCACGACGGUAGUAUGAUCGGAGCACAGAUAUUAGGACCAGAACAAAUAAUGAGCGACGCUGCUCAAAUAAUGAGCGGUGCCUUACCUCCUCCACCGACGGCAACACAAGGUACCAAAGAAAUCAUACAUUGUAAAAGUUGUACUCUGUUUCCACCGAAUCCAAAUGCACCGCCCCCAACGACCAGAGAAAGGCCUCCAGGGUGCAGAACAAUUUUUGUGGGAGGCUUGCCAGAAAAUAUUACAGAAACGAUCAUUCAAGAAAUAUUCGAAAGAUGCGGAGAAAUAACGACAUUGCGUCUUUCGAAGAAAAAUUUUUGUCACAUUCGUUUUGUACUUGAGAGCAGCGUCGAUGCGGCUAUCUACUUGUCCGGGUACAGAGUUAGGAUAGGAUCUAGCGGCGAUUCCGUGAAUACAGGCAGGCUACACGUAGACUUUGCUCAGGCUAGAGACGAUCAAUACGAGUGGGAAUGCAGACAACGUCAACUACAAAGAGAACAACGACAUAGAGAAAGAGUCGAGCAGGAAAGGCAACGAGCUCCGUCUAGUCCACCACCGGUUGUACAUUACACGGACCACGAGGCGUCGAACAUUUGCGAAAAGAUCAAACAGGACGAUACAUUUAUGAAAGCGGUGCAAGUUGUCGUGACGUGGCUUGAACGCGGGGACUGUACUAAACGCAACGCCAACACGUUUUAUUCGAUGAUUCAGUCGACAAAUUCUCACGUUCGACGAUUACUUACGGAGAAAGUUGCGUACGAAGAGGAACUUCAGAAGGCGAAAGAAUUAAUGAAGGGGAGGAUGCAAGGACUCCUAAUACAAUUCAGUCAGAUUGAACGCGUGUUUACUGCGGCCAGCCACAAGAAGGUCUGGGAUCACUUCACAAAGGCUCAGCGGAAGAACAUCGAAAUGUGGAAGAAACAAUCCUCGGAAAUCAAAGCGGUGCAAUUGGAAGAAAGUUUGAUGGAGGGCGAAGGAGAAAUGGAAGUAUCCGACUCCGAGGAAGAGCCGCAACGCAAGAAAUCGAGGAAUCAAUCGGACGUCCAUGACGAUUCUGAAAGACUGCAGGCACUCAAAGAAGAAAACGACAGUCUUCGAUGCCAAUUGGAAGCUUAUAAAAACGAGGUCGAUUUAUUGAAAUCCGAGACAAAAAGCGAUAUUGACGCCAAGGAGAAACAAAUGAAAAUGUUGCAGCAAACUUUGAAAGGAAUGCAAGAGCAGUUGAUGCAAUCGAGAAAGCAGCAGGCGCAAGACGAUCAAAAGAUCAAAGAUUUGACCGUGAAAUUGAAUGCCACUAAAAAGGAAGAACCCAGAGAAAGCGAAAUCAUUACAUUGGAUAAAGACGACGACAUAAACGAGGAACCCCGAACUCCGAAACAAUUAACUUUAACAUCCAGUUCGGUUCAAAUUACCCAAAAGGAUGCUAAACUUAUAGGAUUAAUAGCGACGUUUUUGCAUAUUCAUCCGUUCGGUGCGAGCGUAGAUUAUCUAUGGUCCUAUCUACAAAAAAUGGAACCCGGCAUUAAACCGAACGAAGUGGAAGCACUAAUGCAACGAUUUCCACAAGUCUUUAAGCAAGAUUUGUUUGGAAUUGGAGCCAAUAUGGAAAGACGUUGGCAGUUUUCAGGUUUCAACGUUUACCGUAGUCAUUGAAACUGAUGAACCGAUUCAAUAAGGGAUUUUUUAACAUUUUGUGAACGGGUUACAUCUCCUUUUCUGCAGCUUUUCAUCUUCUGAUAUUCUGUUUAGCGGAAAUUUGUUUUAAAAUGCAAUCGACCUGCCAAAAGUUUGUAAGUUAAAUCUGUAAAUUCAAUUAUAGGUUAUUCGUUUGAUAAUUAGUCGUUCAACUUACGAAAAAGUUUCUUAAUCUCGCAUGGAAGACUGUUGAUCCAACGAACAGGAUAAGAAAGACAGAACAGUUUCCAGUAGCCUGUAUCAAUUUGGUAAUCGACGAUAUUAAGUCGAUCGAACGGUUACCUGCAAUUUCUUGACGGUGUCUUUUGUUCAAUUUCGUUGGAACGCAAAUUCGUAUGUUCCGUAAACAAUGCAGACGGAACGUUUCAAAUUGUUUGGUAAUUACUAUUUUUGCGCUAUUACGAUAUUGCGUAUAUCGACGUGUACAUGUGUCCAAUGUUGUUACAUUUACACUUAUCGUAUACAAAGUUCAACAAUCGAUAGAUAGGUCCGAAAGUUGAACAUAUCGUCAACGCAUCGUUCUUUUUAUAUCAACAAUUACAUAUAUUUCAUGGUUGAACGUAUUCGUACGUUUCAGCUCGAGUAAUCCUAAUAAAAAAAUGUUUGAUGUAAAUUUAUUAUCAACGCAAGUAAAUGUACAAAAGUAGUAGCGUGUAUCUUUAUAUCAGCAUAUGUGUACAUUCUAUUUUAUUCUAUUCUAUUUUCGAACAAAACAUUAUUGCUGUUCUUAUGACACACUUCGUAUCGUAAUCAAAUCAAUUUUUCAAUGUUUUCAUAACUAUAUUGUGCAAUUUUAUUUGUAGCUCUUUUUAUCAUCGAAAUGAAUUUCAAAGUUAAGUCGACUAGGAAAUAAAGAAGACGAUUGAUUUGUA